CAACUGUCCCCACUCUUGAUGCCACCACAUCCCUGCUGUGUCCCUCACCACCCCCCUGCUCCAUCGCCCUGUGAUGGUGCCGUGUCCCCACCACCUCCGCCGUGUCCCCCCCAUGUGUGUCCCCCCCCCCGGUGACCGUGCUGUCCCCACGCUGUCCCCGCAGGUGGAGUUGGCCACGGGGCAGUUCCCGUACCAGAACUGCAAGACGGACUUCGAGGUGCUGACAAAAGUGCUGCAGGAGGACCCCCCCCUGCUGCCCCCCGCCAUGGGCUUCUCCGGGGACUUCCAGGCCUUCGUCAGGGACUGCCUCACCAAGGACCACAGGAAGAGACCAAAGUACAACAAGUUACUGGUGAGUCCCACACGUGUCCCCGUGUCACCCCGGCGUCGCGCGUUGUCCCCGCGUGUCUCUGUGUCCGUGUGUCCCCACGGCUGUGUCCUUGUCCCCGUGUCUGUGGCGCUGGGACACAGACAGGGACCUGGGGACGGUGUCUGCGUGUCCAUCUGGGUGUCCUCGUGUCCCAGCCCCCAUCUCCGUGUCCCCAUGCUCCUGUGUGUCCCCAUGUCCAUGUCCCCAUGCUCCUGUGCGUCCCCGUGUCCCUGUGCUCUUGCAUGUCCCCAUGUCUGCGUCCCCGUGGUUUUGUCCCCAUGUCCCUGCGCUCCUGUGUGUCCCUGUGCCCGUGUCCCCAUGUCCCUGUGCCCAUGUCCCCAUGUCCCUGUGCUCCUCCAUGUCCCCAUGUCCAUGUCCCCAUGUCCCCAUGUCUCC